CACACACACACAGCUCUCACACACACACAGCUCUCACACACACACAGCUCACACACACACAGAUCUCACACACACACACACAGCUCACACCCACAGUGACACGCAGGGAGGGUCUGGUGCGUGUCGCCAUGUCCACGUCUCCUGCCUCCUCCGUCCUCGCCACCAUCAGGCAGCGGCUGGAGCCGCUCGGAUUCGAGUGCCACGGCUUCCAGGUGGGCUGGUAUAAUGAGCGGGUGCUGGAGGGCUUCCGCCUGCCCGUGCCAGCAGAGUCUCUGGGCGUGCUCGUCAUCAGCACCCCAUCCAUGUUCGAGCUCGCCCUUCUGCCAUUCCUGUCCCGGCCGGAGCGGUGCGGCACCCGCGACCCCGUGGAUGAGUGCUCGGCGUUUCACCUCUCUGCCGUCACACAGGAGUUCCCGGGCCAGCGCGUGGAGGUGAUCCACGACUUUGACGUGCUGCCCAGCCGGCGGCCGCGCCUGCUGGUACAGACGGCGGCGCACGUGGCCGGCGCGGCGUUCUACUACCGGUCCGAGGACGUGCGCGACGCCCCCUGGCCUGCAAACAAGAAGAUGUUUGGGGUGUGCAUGCACCCCGUGUACGGAGGCUGGUUCGCCAUCCGGGGGGCGCUGAUCUUCGCGGACGUGAGCGCCUCGGACCUGCCGCGUCCGGAGCCUCCCGACUCCGUGUCCUCCAACGCCGCACGCAUCCUCCUGCUCGAGAAGUUCAACUACAACUGGCAGGACUGGAGCUAUCGCGACGUGAUCCCUGUGAAGCAGCGCUACUCUGAGGCACAGAAGCUGUAUUUCUCUACACCACCCGACCAGCGGCACACCCUGCCUGGCUUUGCUUUUCUCCAGCCUCAGCCCACAUCACAACCAGGGGCUGAAUCUGAAACUGAACCAGUGUCCCGACCAGAGCAAGGGUCAACACCAGAAGCAGUGUCUCCACCAAAACCAGAAUCUGUGUCACUACAAGCAGCAGUGUCCGUACCAUAGCGAAUGUCUACACCAGAACUAGUUUAAAUGCACAAAACCAGAACUCAUGUCUGUUACAUAAUACACAUAUACAACAGAACCAGUGUCUGCGCCUAAAACAUAAUCGGUCAUUUGCACCAAGAACGUUAACGUUCUGACCCGCCUCUACUGGACGUCUGAAAAAGACCUUUAUAGCUCAUUGGAUUCCUCCAGUAUAAAUACUUAUUUUGAUUCUGAAGAACAGACCAUUUUUCAGUCCAAAAGCCGGUGCGUGUACCAUUAACAUUGCCUACAAUGUAAGCCGUGGCUAUACUAAAACCAGAGUAUUCUGACGAGAUGCCACGCUGUCAAUGGGGAGCGAGCGGCUCGCGCAGUUGAGCUGCUCCGCGUAAGCCGAGAGGGAUCGCCACCAAUGGGUGCUCUCUGUGGGGCCGCUGGCUGCCUGGAUGUCGUCUUCUGCUGUCGGAGGGAAGUCCCUUCCACGGAAAAGUCUCUUAAUAGAUACCUAUAGCACGAUUGGCAAAGGCGAUUAAAACCAAUUUUUGCCUUGGCUGCAAGUGCCUUGUGAUAGCAGCCUGAAAAGUUCUGCGACCUUGGCAUAAGGAACUGCAUUGUGCUUUUGUAUCAAAAUAUGCAUUAUAAAGCAGAACUUUAGUCACUUGAGAAAUUGUGGACUGCACGUUUCUAUUGGCCAUGAAAUAAGGGUAUAAAAUUUAAGGAAAUUAUAUUAAUAGGUUUUCGUAGCCGAUACAAUUGUCCAUACAAUAUUUGUUUAUGACAUUUUUUUACUAAAACUACUCUAUGGCCCAACCCAAAAACAUGGAUUGUAAAAAUAUAUACAUCUGUAGUGUUUAUAAAGACGAAUAAACUUAUUUAGGAGGCACA